AUGGCAGCCAUUCAAGACCUUGCAGAACGGGUCAAGCCCGAGAACGACACCUCCUACGUCGACACCGAUGCGGGCAUCGACGAUGCCUCGGCCGACGGCUCUGAGUCAAAGCCAUACAAGUCCCUUGCCUACGCCAUGAUCGCCAACAUUGAGCAACCCACAAAAAAGUACCUUUCCCGCGCCUCCAAGACAGGCGACGACCCAGGCGCCGCGCUGCAAUGGAAAGAACCCGCCAAGAGCGCCGUGAAGAAGGCCACCUCUGCCGUCGAGCAGCACAAGAAGAAGCUGGCCAAGCAGGCCUCUAGCGCCGCAGUUGAGGAGGAGGCGAGGAAGCAGCGUCUGAAGAACCUCGAGGAGGCCAAGAAGGUCGUCAUCAAGCAGGACCCCAGCUUGCCCGAGGCGAGGAAGCUGAGGAUCGACGACAAGAACGUGGAGCUGGGCGAAGGUGACAAGAAGGGCACGAGGGUCAAGGUGUCAGGUCGCAUCCACCGAUUGCGGCCCCAGAAGCAGGCGACGUUUAUUGAGCUUGUUGAUGGAUAUGGCCACCUACAAUGCAUCAUAUCAGCCGGACCCCUCACUCAGACCUACGAUGCAUUGACCUUCACCCAAAGUACCUCCCUGACGCUCUACGGCGAGAUGAAGAAGGCUCCCGAGGGGGCAAAGGUGCCUGACAACCGAGAGCUGCAUGUCGACUACUACGAGGUGCUGGGAUCAGCGCCUACCGAUCUCGAGGCUCUCACCAACAAGGUCUCCGCUACUCAGGAUCCUUGGGAGUCGGACAUGCUUGACAACCGACACUUGGUUUUGCGUGGAGACAAGGCAUCUUCGGUCAUGAAGCUUCGAUCCGAGGUCGACUAUGCCUUCCGGCACCUGUACAAGCAGAUGAAGAUCAGGCAGGUGUCGCCGCCUGCCCUGGUGCAGACGCAGGUCGAGGGUGGCUCCACGCUGUUUGGUUUCAACUACUACGGGGAGGACUCAUACCUGACGCAAUCCUCUCAGCUGUACCUCGAGACCGUGCUCCCGUCCAUGGGUAACGUUUACUGCAUCGAGAAGUCGUUCCGUGCCGAGAAGAGUCUGACCCGGCGUCACCUUUCCGAGUACACUCACAUCGAGGCCGAGCUGGACUUCAUCACCUUCGAGGACCUCCUGACCCACUUGGAGGAGAUGAUCUGCGGUGUUGUUGACAUGGUUCUGGCGGAUGAGGAACUGGCCGGCUACGUCAAACAGCUCAACCCAGGCUUCCAAAAGCCUUCUCGCCCUUUCAUGCGGAUGAAGUACACUGAUGCGAUUGACUGGCUCAACGCACAAGACCCCCCGAUCCUCAACGAAGAGGGCAACCCUCACGUUUUCGGCGAUGACAUCGCCGAGGCAGCGGAGCGCAAGAUGACGGACACGAUCAACAAGCCCAUCUUCUUGACUCACUUCCCUGUGGAGAUCAAGGCUUUCUACAUGAAGAAGGACCCCAAUGACCUGCGCGUAACGGAGUCUGUCGACGUCCUGAUGCCCAACGUCGGCGAGAUUGUGGGCGGCUCGAUGAGAAUGGAGGGUUAUGACGAGCUGAUACAGGCAUUCAACAAACACGGCAUCAGCCCUGACCCUUACUACUGGUAUCUCGACCAGAGGAAGUACGGUACAUCUCCCCACGGUGGGUACGGCCUGGGCCUGGAGCGAUUCCUGGCCUGGCUGGCUAACCAGCACACCCUGACCGUCACCACCAGCGCGGCUGUCGCGUGCCUCUUCUCUCUCGCUAGCCGCCAGAAAUCGAUAAUGAUAGGUUCCGCGCCGGAAGAGCCUGCCGCAUAG